AUGAUUUUGAAGAACAAAAAGGCAUCUUACGGUAAGACCGUUUACAGGGUAGAGCUACAAGUUUAUAUUAUGCGCAAAACAGGUUUUUUUGAUAAUCAGACGAUAUUUCUUCAUUAUAAUCUAUUUUUUACAAAUUUAUAUCUUGUUCUAUACCUAAAAUUCGUGUUUAAAGGUGACGAGGUACCACCAGCAUAUCAGGCUACCAAAUUCGGGCAACUGUUUUCUGAUUAUAUCUUAAAUUCUAAUCAUUGUAAUAGUAAGGACUGUCAAGUAAAUCAAGAUGAUAUGUUAUGGUAUGUUCCUAUGGCCAAACAACCAACUACUAACCUGGCAGUGGGUCAGCAAGUUCUACAAGUCUUCAGAAGGUCUAGUCCCAACAAACCGGCGUGUUUUGAUGAUAACGUCAAUUGGGAAGAAACUGUUUGCUUAAAUGUCAUACUGCAACAGGUAAGACAUUUUUAGGUAAAAUUUAUUUGGAAAGUUUAUGUUAACUACGGAAAUCCAUAUGUAAACCUUGCUUCCGUGUCAUAAAGCUAUUUUACAGUUUGAUUACUAUGUUACCGUAGCUGUCUGUAUACGAAGUCAGCCGAAUAAUCUACAGAUUCUGAAGAAAAACUGUCAGGUAUGUAAAGCUUUGUAGUUUUGAUGAGUAAUACUGGUACAAGAACGUUUAUAAUAUGUGUUUAUUGUAGUGCCGUACAUUGCUUUUUAGCGUGUUUACCCAUCACCAUCUCGUCGACGAAUGGAUGUUAAAGGAGAUUGUGAAGAAAUGACAUAUCCCAAGAUUUACUUUGCCAUCGACAACUUUGAAACCAUAUUUCCUGACAUUGUAAUUACCGAGAACGAAUGUGUUUGUGUCGAACUUGUGGCCAGAGAUCGUUUUAGAGAUAAAGAAGCGGUUGUUUUCCUAGGGUCCAUCAGGUUCGACGUCUUAAAGAAACUGUACGAUUCCAGGGUAGGUUUAUAUACCUUAAAAUCACAUGAUAAUAACAAGAAAAAAUUUUGAUUGAUUGUGUAAAAUUACUUGAUGUACUUUUUCUACGGGUACACACAAAGUUUUGGUCAACUGUAAAAAAUUGACUUUAGGGUAACUCCACGUGGACGUGGGCUCAGAAGCUGGUUACAGCUACACAACGUCGUCAUGAAUUUGUAAAGAUGCGUGGGCCUCAUGGUAAAGGCUUUGCCGAGAUGGCCGUAGCUCGUGUAGCUUCUCUUGGCUUCGAAACUCCGAUGAGUGAACAUUGUUUUGAAAUGUCGGGAUCGUAUGACUCAAGAUGGGCUGAUCAACGUCGAAUGUCAGAUACGAACAUAUUCGGCAAGUUGUUACCUAAAAGAACGGCGUUGACACCAGGGCCUUGUCAAGAUGGGAACGCCUUUUCAUUGCAACCGAGGAACCGAAGAUGGCAGAGCGAUGCCGAUAGUAUGAACAACGAUUCUGAUUUUGACGUUAGAAGCGUAGUUUGUAAGUUAUACCUUACUACUUAUUGUGCCUAUAUAUUUUAGCAGAUUAUAAAUUGAAUUUUAGCUGAAACUACAUCACGUCCGAUGACAGCCAGUCAACAAGCUGAUACUGGAAGUAAAUGGUCGUUGAACAGUUUCGGGAAUGCUCUGAGCUGGCUGAAGGAGAAGAAAGAGAUUCCAGCUUUAAAUGCUUACUUAACGUAUGUCACUCUUCCGUGGCGCUCUAUAAUUGAUGGUAUGUUUCAUUAUUCAUUAAAUUUGCAUAUUAAAUGUGACCUUACCUUAUUUUAUUAUUAAUUUACUUAAAACCUUUAUUUAGAAAAGUAUAAUUUCAGAUAUGUUGUUAACAAGCCCACGGAAACCUAUACUAACCUUUGACUUGGACUAUCUGGACCAAUAA